UCAUUAGUGUUAUUACUAAUUUAGUAAUUAUAUACUAUAUCUAGAUAUUAAGUACAUGAGAUAAAGUAUAUUUAACUAAAUUAGUCCUUCCUAAACAUACUACGUUGCUUUUUCUGGAGCCGGCAGCUAGAUCGCUUCUUUAUUAUUGUAAUUAGAAAUGUGAAGGGUCAAUUGCUGUAAUGUUCAGGACAACAGAUUAAUGAGAUCGUAAAGUGUAGACCCUACAAUUCAUUACCAAGUUUGACUACGUCGCCAGUGGUCAGCACACGAUGAGUGAAGAAAGGGUUAAGAUGCGGAAACAGCUGGGGCUGUUGGAGGGAGUAGCUAUAAUCUUGGGCAUCAUAUUUGGGAGUGGAAUAUUUAUAUCCCCUAAGGAGGUUCUGGAAAACACAGGCUCAGUGUGGGGGGCCCUGUCAGUGUGGGCUGCUUGUGGGUUGUUGGCUACUCUGGGCGCUUUGUGCUAUGCAGAAUUAGGUACUACUUUGGCUCAAAGUGGAGGUGAUUACCACUACAUCAAUGAAGCAUAUGGAUCACUGCCAGCAUUUCUUUACCUAUGGGAUGCUAAUUUGGUAUUUGUACCAAGCACAAAUGCUAUUAUGGCAUUGACUUUUGCUAACAACUUAUUGGAGCCCAUAUUUCCAAAUUGUGCAAUUGAACCAUUAAGCCAGAAAUUAAUUGCAGCAGUUACUAUCUGUUUCCUUACAUUUAUAAAUGCAUAUGAUGUUCGGUUUACUACUAGACUACAAAAUGUCUUCAUGUUCACAAAAAUAUCUGCAUUGUUUAUUAUAAUUAUUGGCGGUAUUGUGUGGUUGUGCCAAGGAAGGGUCGAGAAUUUUGAAGAAGGUUGGACGGGAACAAAAACCUCAGUUAGUGACUGGUCUGUUGCUUUCUACUCAGGAAUAUUUUCGUAUUCUGGAUGGAGUUACUUGAAUUUCAUGACAGAGGAACUCAGGGAUCCGUUCGUGAACUUACCGCGUGCUAUUUACCUAUCUCUACCGCUAGUGACCGCCAUUUAUUUGCUGGCAAACGUCGCCUAUCUAGCCGUGUUGGGACCUACCGGAGUUAGGGCUACUGAAGCUAUUGCUGUCGAUUUCUCCAUAGCUAGUUUGGGGUGGGUGCGGUACGCCAUGCCCUCACUCGUCGCGAUAGCUAUCCUGGGCGGGCUGACGGUGCACAUCAUGACGUCAUCGCGGAUGUGCUUUGCCGGCGCCAGGAACGGCCAUAUGCCCGAACUACUAGCACACAUUCACGUCAAAUGCAUGUCUCCGUUGCCAUCGCUCAUUUUUUUGAUGAUGAUUUCAUUAAUAAUGCUAAUUCCUAGCAAUUUGACAUCGCUGAUUACGUACUGCACCAUUGUGGAAUCCUUUUUCACCACCCUCAGUUGCAGUGCCGUGUUGUGGCUGCGAUAUAAGAAACCUGACUUGCCCAGACCUAUCAAGGUGCCUACAUGGAUGCCGGUGGUGUUCGUGUCGCUGUGCGCGGUGCUGCUGGUGGUGCCCGUACGCGCCGAGCCGGUGGCGGUGCUGGCGGGCGCGCUCAUGACGCUGGCCGGCGUGCCCGUCUAUUACGCCUUCGUGCGCCGUCGCCCCCAGUGGCUUGUUCCGAUCGCUACUCAAUUCACACACGGGUGCCAAAAGCUGUUCCUAUCCGCCGUAGAAGACAAAGAAGAAUGAAUUCUAAGACUUAACUCAGUUCUCAACUUGUCUCACUUCUGUUGUACAUUGUACAGUCUCACUUUGUUGAUUUUUAUGUACUUGUGCUCUUACUAUUAAUUUCCACUAGAAUAUUUUUGAUCUGCUUUGUGUGAUUUGUUACUUAGGUUUGCGUUGUUUUCUAAUUUUAAAUGUUUUGAACAUUAAUGUUAGUAUUUAUGUGUGCUCUUUAUGUAGGUACCUCAUGGUUUAAUUAAGAGUAUGUUCUUCUAUCAGAAAUAAUUUGUUAUUGUACUUGUACAAUUUAUAACGGGGCUUUUUUCCAACUUUACAGGUGUCCAAAAAGAGUAACGGGUAUGCGAUUGUUCAAUAAAACCAAAACCGGCCAAGUGCGAGUCGGACUCGCGGUACUUUUUAGUAUUUGUUGUUAUGGCGGCAACAGAAAUACAUCAUCUGUGAAAAUUUCAACUGUCUAGCUAUCACGGUUCAGACAGACAGACGGACAGCGGAGUCUUAGUAAUAGGGUCCCGAUUUUCCCCUGGGGUAGGGAACCCUAAAAACUACUAGUAAUUAAGUUUUUAUUUUAUUGUUGAUUAUUAGAAAAUGGAAAAUUAUUUCGAAAAAAUAAUGUUGGUUAUCCAAAUGUUGACCGUAACGUUGCUAGCACAUGAAAUAAAUCAAUUGCAGCUGUUAACGAAUUAUUCCCUAAUAGGUAAGGUGAUUUCAAGUAGAGCUAACAUCAACUGGUCUCCCACAAGCCCCGACCUUAGCCCGCUACCUUAAAAAUAAGGUUUAUGAGAAUAAUCCGACGAACCAUCAUCAAGGGCUAUGUGUCAGCACAGCGUUUCAUCACCAAUCUUCGUUCCAGAUUAGAAGAGAAUAAUCCGACGAAUCAGUAUCGAGAGCUAUGUGUCAACACAGCGUUUCAUCACCAAUCUUCGUUCCAGAUUAGAAGAGAAUAAUCCGACGAACCAGUAUCGAGGGCUAUGUGUUAGCACAGCGUUUCAUCACCAAUCUUCGUUCCAGAUUAGAAGAGUGCCAGCGAACCAGUAUCGAGGGCUAUGUGUCAGCACAGCGUUUCAUCACCAAUCUUCGUUCCAUAUUAGAAGGGUGCCAGGGAACCAGUAUUGAGGGCUGUGUCAGCACAGCGUUUCAUCACCAAUCUUCAUUCCAGAUUAGAAGAGUGCCAGCGAACCAGUAUCGAGGGCUAUGUGUCAGCAGCGUUUUCCAUUUUGUAAUCUAAUUAUCAACAAUAAAAAAAAUACUUAAUUACUAGUAGUUUUUGUUUUAUUGAACAAUCAAAUACAUACCCAAUACCUACUCUUUUUGGACACCCUGUAUGUUUACUCGGAAUCUCUCUAAUGCGGUCUACAGAUAACAGUAUUGCUCUCAACUUAUUGUUACUUAGAUAUAUGGACGGGACAGGGUGGAGCUAUAUGUAUGUAAUAGUUACUAUUUAAAUCUUAUGUCAGGUUUUGACUACAUUACAUAGCGCGUCACGUUUUCAUAGAUCUGAAUCUGAAAAGCGUUUAAGAAUCAGAUAUUAUUACAAGUAUGUAUUUUAUAAAGCUUCAAGUCACAUACAAGUUUAAUCUUAUCUAUACUGGGUAUAGUACCCCGUCAUUGGUCAAAUACAAGGUGCCCACGAGGAACCCGACAGAUUUCUGAGGCCAAAAGAAGGAAAAAAUCUUGUAUGGGUUUUGGUCAAUUUCGCCAAAAAAAAUAUGCAUUUGUUCAUAAAAUGUAAAUGCUAUUUGUAAAACUGUUACUCAAAAAUAAUUGGGUCAUUUUCUAUGAAAAGGGACCUUAUUGUCGAUGGCGCUUACGCCGCACAGCGUCGCGCGGCAUUGUAUUUAUAUCGGAGCAAUAAAGUACCUUUUUAUAGAAAAUACCUCAAUUUUACAUUUAUUGUGUAAAACCUAGUUUUUGCAGUGUUACUUGCCACUUUUUGACAUCUAUCAAUAAGAAUAUUUAGACUAACUAGGUCCCAUAGUAUCAACAUCGCCCUUAGAAAGGUGUUUUGCACAAAGUAACAAUAAGGGCCACUUGCACCAUCCCACUAACCCGGGGUUAAGCGGUUAAACCGUUAACCCAGUGUCAAAUUGUAGGUACUGGUAACCAUGGUAAUUCCAGGUUUAACUGGUAAACCCUGGACCCCGGGUUAGUGGAAUGGUAAAGGACAAUGGUGCAAGUGGCGCUAAAAGGAUGUUUUUAGGGUUCCGUACCAAAAAGGUACAAAAAGAACCAUUAUGGUGCGACUCUGUCCGUCCGUCUGUCUGUCACAUUGCUAAAUAUCUCGAGAACUACUUAAGCUAUCGAUUUGAAAUUUGGAAUAGUCAUGAAGUACGCUAAUCCAAACACAUUGGGAGUAUAAUUUUUUAAUAUUUUUUUAUUAAUUAUGUAAAAUGCCCAAAAAGAGGGGGCAAAAUUUCAGUCUAAUUGCAAGGUCGAGUGGGGUAUUAUUUGAUAGAGCUCAAAUUAAGUAUUACAAAACAAUUUUUUUUUUCAGUGAAAAAAAAAUUGAAUUAUGAAGGGAAAUGUUAAAAAAAGAUACCCCCCCUCCCCCCCGUUAUCUCCGAAGUUUACUAACCAAAAAUUAUGAAAUUUUUACAUAAUAAUUAACAUCAUCAUAAAUAUUACAGGAAAAAUAUAAUCACACCUCUAUUUGAAUACUUUUUUUAAAUUUUUUAACAUGCAGAUACGUCUGCGAGCGAUACUCCAAAUUUUAUAUUAAAGUUAGUUACACUUCCGGCAGGAUACUUUUUUAUAAUUAUCAAAAAACAUUUUGUAAUUUUCUUUUUUUUUUUCAUUCA